GAAUUGAAGAUCUGUUGGAAAACUUCCAAGAUCAUAAAAUUUAGAUGACCAAAAUGGAUAUCCGUGGUGCCGUGGAUGCUGCUGUUCCAACCAACAUUAUCGCUGCCAAGGCUGCAGAAGUUCGAGCGAACAAAGUGAACUGGCAGUCCUAUCUUCAGGGACAGAUGAUUUCUGCUGAAGAUUGUGAAUUCAUUCAAAGGUUUGAAAUGAAAAGAAGUCCCGAGGAGAAGCAAGAAAUGCUUCAAAGUGAAGGCAGUCAGUGUGCUAAAACAUUUAUAAACCUGAUGACUCAUAUCUCCAAAGAACAGACAGUUCAGUACAUAUUAACUAUGGUCGAUGAUAUGUUGCAGGAAAAUCAUCAGCGUGUUAGCAUUUUUUUUGACUAUGCUAAACGAGGCAAGAACACUGCCUGGUCCUACUUUCUGCCAAUGUUGAAUCGCCAGGAUCUCUUUACUGUUCAUAUGGCAGCAAGAAUUAUUGCCAAGUUAGCAGCUUGGGGAAAAGAAUUGAUGGAAGGCAGUGACUUAAAUUACUAUUUCAAUUGGAUAAAAACGCAGCUGAGUUCACAGAAACUGCGUGGUAGCGGUGGUGCUGUUGAAACAGGAACAGUCUCUUCAAGUGAUAGCUCUCAGUAUGUGCAGUGUGUUGCCGGGUGUCUGCAGCUGAUGCUUCGGGUCAAUGAGUACCGCUUUGCCUGGGUAGAAGCAGAUGGGGUAAACUGCAUAAUGGGAGUUUUGAGCAACAAAUGUGGCUUUCAACUCCAGUAUCAAAUGAUUUUUUCAAUAUGGCUCCUGGCGUUCAGUCCUCAAAUGUGUGAGCACCUGCGGCGCUAUAAUAUCAUUCCUGUUCUAUCUGAUAUCCUGCAAGAAUCUGUCAAAGAGAAAGUGACAAGAAUCAUCCUUGCAGCAUUCCGUAACUUUUUAGAAAAAUCAGCUGAAAGAGAAACUCGCCAAGAAUAUGCUUUGGCUAUGAUCCAGUGCAAAGUUCUGAAACAGUUGGAGAACUUGGAACAGCAAAAGUAUGAUGAUGAAGACAUCAGCGAAGAUAUAAAAUUUCUUUUGGAAAAACUUGGGGAAAGUGUUCAGGAUCUUAGCUCAUUUGAUGAAUACAGUUCAGAACUUAAAUCUGGAAGAUUGGAAUGGAGUCCUGUGCACAAAUCUGAGAAAUUUUGGAGAGAAAAUGCUGUAAGGUUAAAUGAAAAGAAUUAUGAACUCCUGAAAAUUUUGACAAAACUUCUGGAAGUAUCAGAUGAUCCACAAGUCUUAGCUGUUGCUGCUCAUGAUGUUGGGGAAUAUGUGCGGCAUUAUCCACGGGGCAAACGGGUCAUUGAGCAGCUUGGUGGGAAGCAGCUGGUGAUGAACCACAUGCACCACGAAGACCAGCAGGUUCGCUACAACGCUCUCCUGGCUGUGCAGAAACUCAUGGUGCACAACUGGGAAUAUCUUGGUAAACAGCUCCAAUCUGAGCAACCUCAGACUACUGCUGCCCGAAGCUAAACCAACCUCCCAUGUCACCUGUGAUGGCGGAACACCUGGAGUAUGAAUUUCAGUAGUUAAAUAAUUUUUCAUUUUAUUUGUUAUUUUCUUCUGCUGUGUAGCUGUUUCCACUGCUGAUUUCUAGUAAAAGUGUUUGCCCACUAAUCUGUAUAAAAGUAAAUGCUUUCUGUAUACCUAAGGAAAAGAUUACUGUUACAUAUAUUGCUUGUAUUUCUAUAUUUAUUAUUCUCUGGAAAUGAAUAUAGUUAUUAAAGGCUUCUCACUCCAAA